CGUGCGUGACGUCGUUUCCUUCCAACAUGGCGCAGGCAGGUUGCUGAUGGAAAACUGAGGGAUUUACCCCACCUUCUGGGUUUAUUUAUGUUUGUCUAUUAAAGUAAGAAUCGGUGUAGUUUUCAAAGGAAUAUCCAUAACUGAAGAAAAUCUCGCCUUUGGGACAGGUCCUCAUCGGCCCCGUUACAGCGCGUCAUGUAUGAAGGCAAAAAGACGAAAAACAUGUUUUUAACCCGAGCUCUGGAAAAGAUAUUAGCCGACAAGGAGGUUAAAAAGGCUCACCAUUCUCAACUGCGCAAAGCUUGCGAGGUGGCAUUAGAGGAAAUAAAAGCAGAGUCAGAGAAGUUAAGUCCGCCCCCUCCAGACGGCAAAUCGGGUUCCAGCACUCUCCCGCCAAUCAAGUCCAAGACCAACUUCAUCGAGGCGGACAAAUACUUCCUCCCCUUCGAGUUGGCCUGCCAGUCCAAAUGCCCGCGCAUAGUCAGCACCUCACUGGACUGUCUGCAGAAACUAAUCGCCUAUGGCCACCUCACGGGGAGCGCCCCGGACAGCACAGCCCCGGGCAAGAAGCUCAUCGACCGGAUCAUCGAGACCAUCUGCGGCUGCUUCCAGGGGCCUCAGACGGACGAGGGGGUGCAGCUGCAGAUCAUUAAGGCCUUGCUGACUGCAGUGACGUCUCAGCAUAUUGAGAUCCACGAGGGUACGGUUCUGCAGGCGGUGCGCACCUGUUACAACAUCUACCUGGCCAGCAAGAACCUCAUCAACCAGACCACGGCCAAGGCCACGCUCACCCAGAUGCUCAACGUCAUCUUCGCACGCAUGGAGAACCAGGCACUUACAAAUCACAAGAUUACUUGGGCGUCCAGAAAGCGUGAUCGCCAGCUGCAGGAGGCUAAACAGUUGGAGAGGGAGCGCCAGCGUCAACACUCCCCCAGCAGCCAGGCGGAGCCCGACUCCCCCCAGACCCCCCAGGCAGCGCCCCACGCCAGCACCCCCACCACCAAGACGCCCACACACCCGACGCCGUACCCAUACACCCCGUCUCCGAACACACCCUCGCCCUCGCCCCGGCCCGCCGCACAGCAGAACAGCCAGGAGGGAGGCGGCGGCAAGACGGAGACCGUAGAACCGGAGACCGUAGAACCGGUGACCGUAGAACCGGAGACAGAACCGGGGGCUGAGACGGAUCCGGGACCUCCCCUGGGACCGGAGACGGAGACGGGUCAGGAGGGUUCUCCGUCGUCCUCCUCGCCUUAUGAGAACCCGGAGCCGGAGAACGGGUCGGAGUUCUGCGCCGCGGAGAACGAACAGACGGAAGCGGACCAGGCCACCGCUGCAGCACAGAGUGCGGCGGCGGCCCAGCAGCAGAGCAUGGAGGCUGUAGAGGAGGGGGAGGGGCAGGUGGAGGGAGAGGGGGAGGAGGGGGCGCCCAACUACGAGGAGAAGGCCCAGGAGAUCGUCCAGAGCAUCCUGCAGGAGGUGGUCAACACCGUGGCUGGAGGUCACUGCCUGGCCCCUGUUCACCUGUGUUCAGAUGCCAAGGAGGCGGACGCGGACGGGGACGGGGAAGAAAGGGGCGGAGAGACCGAGGCAGAGGCGGGGCCAGAACCCGCCGAAGCUGAAACUACGCCCACGCCCACGCCCACUCCGGGCUCCCUGGAGGACGAGGGCGCGCUGGGCAGCGACAGCGAGAACGUCCACGCCAACGGAAUCCCGGGGACGCCCAUCUCCGCCAGCUUCACGCCCUCGCUGCCGGACGACCGCCUCUCCGUCUCCUCCAACGACACUCAGGAAUCGGGGACGACCACGGGGCCGGCGCCGGGCGCCAAGUUCUCCCACAUCCUCCAGAAGGACGCCUUCCUGGUGUUCCGCUCGCUCUGCAAGCUGUCCAUGAAGCCCCUGUCCGACGGACCCCCCGACCCAAAGUCUCAUGAGCUGCGUUCGAAGGUGCUGUCGCUGCAGCUGCUGCUCUCCAUUCUCCAGAACGCGGGGCCGAUCUUCAAGACCAACGAGAUGUUCAUCAACGCCAUCAAGCAGUACCUGUGCGUGGCGCUCAGCAAGAAUGGCGUCUCCUCCGUGCCCGAGGUCUUCGAGCUCUCGCUCUCCAUCUUCCUCACGCUGCUCUCCCACUUCAAGACACACCUCAAGAUGCAGAUCGAGGUGUUUUUCAAGGAGAUCUUUCUCUACAUCCUGGAGACGUCCACCAGCUCCUAUGACCACAAGUGGAUGGUCAUCCAGACCCUGACCAGAAUAUGUGCCGACGCCCAGAGUGUGGUGGAUAUCUAUGUGAACUACGAUUGUGACUUGAGUGCUGCUAACAUAUUCGAGAGGCUCGUCAACGACCUGUCCAAGAUCGCACAGGGCAGAGCGGGACACGAGCUGGGGACAACCCCCAUACAGGAGCUGACCCUGAGGAAGAAGGGUUUGGAGUGCCUGGUGUCCAUCCUGAAGUGCAUGGUGGAGUGGAGCAAAGACCAAUACGUCAACCCCAACUCCCAGACCAGCCUUGGCCAAGAGAAGCCCUGUGAUCAGGACAGUAGUGACAGCAAGCACCCGGAGACCAUUAAUCGCUACGGCAGCAUCAACUCUCUGGACUCCACCGCCUCCUCCGGCAUCGGCAGCUACAGCACACAGAUGUCCGGCACCGACAACCCCGAGCAGUUCGAGGUCCUCAAGCAGCAGAAGGAGAUCAUCGAGCAGGGCAUCGACCUGUUCAAUAAGAAACCAAAGAGGGGCAUCCAGUUCCUGCAGGAGCAAGGCAUGCUGGGAACUACCCCGGAGGACCUCGCCCAGUUCCUACACCAGGAGGAGAGGCUAGACUCAACUCAGGUGGGCGAGUUCCUGGGGGAUAACGAGCGCUUCAAUAAGGAGGUGAUGUACGCCUACGUGGACCAGAUGGACUUCCAGGGGAAGGACUUUGUGUCGGCGCUCCGCUUGUUCCUGGAGGGCUUCCGUCUGCCCGGCGAGGCCCAGAAGAUCGACCGGCUCAUGGAGAAGUUCGCCGCCAGAUACCUGGAGUGUAACCAGGGCCAAACUCUGUUUGCGAGUGCAGACACAGCAUAUGUCCUGGCCUACUCAAUCAUCAUGCUCACAACAGACCUGCACAGCCCACAGGUGAAGAACAAGAUGACGAAAGAGCAGUACAUCAAGAUGAACAGGGGCAUCAACGACAGCAAAGACCUGCCAGAGGAGUACCUGUCGGCCAUCUACGACGAGAUCGCAGGCAAGAAGAUCGCCAUGAAGGAAACGAAGGAGAUAGCCAUCAAAUCCAACAAGCAGAGUAUGGUGAGUGAGAAGCAGCGGCGUCUGUUGUAUAACGUGGAGAUGGAGCAGAUGGCUAAGACGGCUAAAGCGCUAAUGGAGGCCGUUAGCCACGUACAGGCACCUUUCACCAGCGCAACACACCUGGAACACGUCAGACCCAUGUUCAAGUUGGCGUGGACGCCCUUCCUGGCUGCCUUCAGUGUGGGCCUGCAGGACUGUGACGACACUGAGGUGGCCUCCCUCUGCCUGGAGGGGAUCCGCUGCGCCAUCCGGAUAGCCUGCAUCUUCACUAUACAGCUGGAGCGCGAUGCGUACGUGCAGGCGUUGGCGCGCUUCACACUGCUGACGGCCAGCUCUGGCAUCACGGAGAUGAAACAGAAGAACAUCGACACCAUCAAGACCCUCAUCACCGUGGCACACACCGACGGAAACUACCUGGGGAACUCCUGGCACGAGAUCCUGAAGUGCAUCAGUCAGUUGGAGCUGGCCCAGCUGAUCGGCACGGGGGUGAAGGCGCGCUACAUCUCGGGCACCAGCAGGGGCAAAGAAGGAUUCAUCAGCAGCACCCGGGAACAGAACUCAGACGAAUACCUGGGGCUGGGAGGCAAUGUGGACCGUAAGCAGAUCGCCAGCAUCCAGGAGUCCAUUGGGGAGACCAGCUCACAGAGUGUGGUGGUCGCGGUGGACAGGAUAUUUACGGGCUCCACCAGGCUGGACGGUAAUGCGAUUGUGGACUUUGUGCGCUGGUUGUGCGCGGUGUCGAUGGACGAGCUGGCCUCCCCGACGCACCCACGCAUGUUCAGCCUGCAGAAGAUCGUGGAGAUCUCCUACUACAACAUGGGCCGCAUCCGGCUGCAGUGGUCGCGCAUCUGGGAGGUCAUCGGAGACCACUUCAACAAGGUGGGCUGCAACCCUAAUGAGGACGUGGCUAUCUUCGCGGUGGACUCCCUGCGGCAGCUGUCCAUGAAGUUCCUGGAGAAGGGGGAGCUGGCCAACUUCCGCUUCCAGAAGGAUUUCCUGCGGCCCUUUGAACACAUCAUGAAGAAGAACCGCUCUCCCACUAUCAGGGACAUGGUGGUGCGCUGCAUAGCCCAGAUGGUCAACUCCCAGGCGGCCAACAUCCGCUCGGGCUGGAAGAACAUCUUCUCUGUCUUCCACCUGGCCGCGUCCGACCAGGACGAGAGCAUUGUAGAGCUGGCCUUCCAAACCACCGGGCACAUCGUCACGAAUGUAUUUGAGAAGCACUUCCUGGCCACCAUAGACUCCUUCCAGGACGCCGUCAAGUGUCUGUCUGAGUUCGCCUGCAACGCCUCCUUCCCCGACACCAGCAUGGAGGCCAUACGCCUCAUACGACACUGCGCCAAAUACGUCUCCGACAGGCCGCAGGCGUUUAAGGACUACACUAGUGAUGAUAUGAAUGUGGCUCCUGAGGAUCGUGUCUGGGUGCGGGGUUGGUUCCCCAUCCUCUUCGAACUCUCCUGCAUCAUCAACCGCUGCAAGCUCGACGUCAGGACCAGGGGUCUGACGGUGAUGUUUGAGAUCAUGAAGACCUAUGGCCACACCUUCGAGAAGCACUGGUGGCAGGACCUCUUCAGGAUCGUCUUCCGCAUCUUCGACAACAUGAAGCUGCCCGAACAGCAGACCGAGAAAGCGGAGUGGAUGACCACCACAUGUAACCAUGCGCUGUACGCCAUCUGUGACGUCUUCACGCAGUACUUCGAAUCGCUCAGCGAUGUCCUAUUGGACGACAUCCUCGCACAGCUCUACUGGUGUGUCCAGCAAGAUAAUGAGCAGCUGGCGCGGUCGGGCACCAACUGCCUUGAGAACGUGGUGAUCCUGAACGGGGAGAAGUUCAGCCUGGACACCUGGGACAAGACCUGCACCUGCAUGCUGGACAUCUUCAAGACCACCAUCCCACACGCGCUGCUAACGUGGAGACCAGCUGGGGCCGAGGGAGAACACAACACACACCUGGACUCAGACAAGCACCUGGACUCCAUUUCCCAGAAGUCCAUAGACAUCCACGUGCGCACGGAAGACCAGCAGUCGCUCAACAGCAAUGAGAAGGGCAGCAUGGAGAGCCGCCGACAGUCUCAGUACAGCACCAUGUCAGGCAUGAACGAGGACGGCCCCCGAGCAAGGACCCCUACCAAGGUGCAGGAGCAGCGUGUGUUCGCAGCGCUCCUCAUCAAGUGUGUGGUGCAGCUGGAGCUGAUCCAGACCAUCGACAACAUCGUCUUCUUCCCCGCCACCAGCCGGAAGGAGGACGCAGAGAACUUCGCAGCCGCGCAGAGGGAUGCUCUGGAUGCUGACGUUGCCGUGGAGACUCAGGACCAGGGCAUGUACCGCUACCUGACCUCAGAGCAGCUCUUCAAGCUGCUCGACUGCCUUCUGGAGUCCCAUCGCUUUGCCAAGGCCUUCAACUCCAACAACGAGCAGAGAACAGCACUCUGGAAGGCUGGCUUCAAGGGGAAGUCGAAGCCCAACCUGCUGAAGCAGGAGACGAGCAGCCUGGCGUGCGGCCUGCGCAUCCUCUUCCGCAUGUACACCGACCCCUCCAGACAACACGCCUGGCAGGAGGUGCAGAGGAGACUACUCAAUGUGUGUAGUGAUGCUGUGUCCUACUUCCUGACCCUGACAUCAGAGUCUCAUCGCGAGGCCUGGACCAACCUGCUGCUGCUCUUCCUCACCAAGAUCCUCAAGAUCAGCGACGAGCGGUUCAAGGCGCAUGCGAGCCGCUACUACCCUCUGCUGUGUGAGAUCAUGCAGUUUGACCUGAUCCCGGAGCUGCGCGCCGUGCUGAGGAAGUUCUUCCUGCGCAUCGGCCUGGUGUUCCAGAUCGCUCAGCUGCCCAGCGCGGACGUGGACGCAGACGCCCAGCCGGAACCGGGCCAGACGAGGCCCGUUACUACUAACGACGCCUUGGCCGACAACACCAACGACAUCGCUAUUGCUGCCUCCACCGAGCCCGAGAACUAGAACUUCCUCAAGGGCCGUACACCGAGCCCGAGAACUAGAACUUCCUCACAAGCAAACGAGGGGAGGAGCUCUCUACUCCUUUCUACUCCUCCUCCCCAAUCUCUCUGGCCCCCCACCACCUCCCACAAGUACAAGGCAUUCACUGAGAUUCCUACCCCUACUCUUCUCUACUC